UUGUGUCUCUGUGCAACUUAACACAACAGGGAUUAGCAGUAGUCACUGAAAACACAAACACAGUUUCCAGACCGGGAGAUUUUUCCUGACUCUUCUGGCUCGGUGAUGUUGAACAGCUCUACCCACGAUGCCUGUGUUUUACUCACCUGUGCCCGAGAGCCUGCAGAUGGGUCUGGCCUACAUGGGCGGCUCGGCGUUCACCAACAACCGGACGGCCGACAGCGACUUCACCAGGGAGCAGGAGGACGCAUCGGUGGUGAACGAGCUGGUCUCUCACCUCCCUCUGCAGAUGCUGCUCUACUUCAACAUGUUUUAUUUUCCUUGCUGGUGGUUCUCGGCUGUGUUCAUGCUGGAAGUGAAGUUCUACUAUCUGCCCGGAUACUACCAGGCUCUGCUCAUCACCGGCAUCGUCCUCCUCACGGUCAUCGAGGUGGUGCGACUUUAUCUGGGCUACAUCGGCAACCUUAAAGAAAAGGUGCCAGAGCUGGCCGCCUUCUGGCUCCUGUCUUUCAUGUUCCAGCUGCCCGUGCUGCUGUUCUUCCUGACCGAUGAAGGGAUUCUCAUCCUGCCCCUGGAGAGAGCCGUCCACUCCCUGUACCUCCUCUUCCUCCUCGCCCAGAUCCUGGCCUCCUUCCUGGCGCUCAGGACCAUGACCCGAAAGCUCACCGUCCUCUUCCAUCUGCGGCAGUUUGGCAAAGUGGAGAGCCUCCGCCACGCGGGGAUGAGCCCCGUCCACGGGUUGACGUACCGUCGAAGCGUGCUGCCGGUGUCACCACACAGUGACAUGUACGACUGAAAUAUGAGUUCGCCUGACUUAACACUUGUUUACUUUCUGUUCCAAACACUGGACUUUGUGCUUAAGGUGCAACUUCAUCCCGAAGUGUUUGGGUGUCUCUCACUGGACAUACAAAGAAUUGUCUUUAAAACUCAGAGCUGGGAAGCAGGACCGUCCCUCUGUCAGCUCGCCUGAGGUUGUCCAGCUGUGAAAGACGACUCCAGCUGCAGCAAACACACUUUUGCAAAAGAAAUGUCAUAAAAAAGUGGAGAGUUACUCACCUCCAGAGUUUCAUUGAACCGUUUGGGGCAGCCAAGGUUAAAGCAAUGGCUGAGGUAUUGGUUGUGUUCUUGGGGGACGUCUCUGACUGGAAGACAAUGUUGGUUUAGGCUUUUAGUUUCAGCUCAGAUUUAAUUUAAUUUGAAAAUGAGACGUGUCUGGAACGGAGGGACUUCCAUCUUUGAAAUGCAGAUGCCAUGAUGUAGAGACGUCUCAAACUGUUGCUUUCUCUGUGUAAGCAUCAUGCCUGCAAGAUCUGAGAUGGUUUGUAAACACUAGGGGGCGUUGUGAGUCAUCUAUGUAUGACCUGUUUUUUUAAAUGUGGGAAUAAACAUUAA